GUUUGCUAUGGCGUUCCGGUAAGGCAGGCGCAUGGCGACGAGGAAGCUGAUGCCGAACCAUGGAUAGAGGCUAAGGAAGCGUGCGCGAUCCGAUACUGCUUUACCUCCAUUCGCAGUAACAUGUUUGACAGCGACCGGAGUCCCAUGGACCUGGUAACGAGUCACGCUAAACGUACUCGUAGGUAGGGACUGGGGGAAGAGCAUGAUUCGUCACCAUGGAUGGGUUGCUGUUGUUCUGCCGAGCUUCCAUUGCGGAGCACCUGCGCGCCGCCGAACCACACGUCAGGACGUCUUCGAUGAUGCGCCUACAACAUGGCUACCGUCCGCAUUUGUGUGUGUGGUGACGAGGGCACAGGAAAAAGCUCUCUCAUAACCUCGCUCGUCAAGGAUGUCUUCGUUCCAAAGAUCCAGAGCGUCCUCCCGCCUGUGACGCUGCCACCGACCCUGGGAACGCCGGAAAAUGUCACCACGACCAUCGUCGACACGUCGGCUCUACCGCAGGAACGAGACAAGCUGCGCAAAGAACUGCGCAAGUCGAACGUGAUACUGCUGGUGUAUUCGGACCACUACAGCUAUGAGCGGGUUGCCCUGUUCUGGAUGCCGUAUUUCAGAUCGCUGGGCGUCAAUGUGCCCGUGGUGCUGUGCGCGAACAAGUCAGACCUCCAAACAAGUGGGAAUACUGCACAAGUUGUGUCUGACGAGAUGUUGCCGGUCAUGAACGAGUUCAAGGAGAUUGACUCGUGUAUCCGGACCAGCGCCAAAGAGCAUCACAACAUCAACGAGGUCUUCUUCCUUUGCCAAAAGGCAGUCACGCACCCCAUCGCACCCCUCUACGAUUCCAAGGAAGGUGCCUUGAAGCCGGCUACGACUGCGGCUUUGCGCCGCAUAUUCUACCUUUGCGACAAGGAUCAGGAUGGCUAUCUGAACGACAAAGAGCUGCACGACUUCCAGAAAAAAUGCUUCGACAAGCCGCUGUCCGAAGAUGAUCUGACGAACAUCAAGCGGUCAAUUCAGAAGUGGGCCCCUGAGUCUGCUAGCGAACAGGGGAUAGAUGAGAGGGGUUUUUUGUUGCUGCACAAAAUCUUCGCAGAAAAGGGGCGUCACGAAACCAUUUGGAUUAUUCUUCGGAAGUUCCAAUACACGGACAGCCUCAGCCUCAAAGACACCUUUCUUCACCCGAGGUUCGACGUCCCGCAAUACUCUUCUGCGGAACUCAGCCCCGCAGGUUACCGCUUUUUCGUAGACCUGUUCCUUCUUCAUGACAAGGACAACGAUGGCGGCUUAAACGAUUCCGAACUCGCUGCGCUCUUUGCUCCGACGCCUGGGCUGCCGGCUUCGUGGGUUGACUCAGCGUUUCCGUCCUGCACUGUACGCAACGAAGCAGGAUAUAUCACAUUACAGGGCUGGCUCGCCCAAUGGAGCAUGACCACGUUCGAGGAGCCCAAGACGGCCUUGGAAUACCUUGCUUAUCUCGGGUUUGAAAGCUCGGACCGCGGUGGCACGACUGCAGCGUUGAAGGUCACAAAAGCGCGCAAACGCCGUAAUAAGCCGGGCAGAGUUGAGCGAAAUGUGUUUCUCUGCUACGUGCUGGGUGCAGGUGGCAGCGGCAAGAGCUCACUGUUGAAUGCCUUUCUCAACAGGCCUUUCAGUCCGAUGCACCACCCGACUAUCAAGCCACGAUCGGCGGUCAACAGCGUAGAGCUUCAAGGCGGCAAGCAAUGCUACCUCAUUCUCGAGGAGCUUGGAGAGCUAGAACCCGCCAUUUUGGAAAACCAAGCCAAGCUCGACGCUUGUGACCUCUUGUGCUACACGUACGACUCCAGCGACCCUGAUAGCUUUGACUAUAUAGUCGAGCUCCGCAAGAAGUAUCCCCAAUUGGACGGCAUGCCGGCCGUCUACACGGCACUCAAAGCCGAUCAGGACAAGGCGAUGCAGCGCAGCGAGCAACAGCCGGAUGAGUAUACCAGUGCACUGAACAUGGCGGCGCCUCUGCACGUCAGCGUUCGAUGGAACACGAUUUCGGAGUUUUUCGUCCAUCUUGCCGAGUCGGCGACGCAUCCGUCGACGGCGUUCCCCAAGUCGGACGACGAACCGAUGGACAAUACCAGCCUGUACCUGGCGCUGGGGGCGACGGUGUGCGCGGCGGCGGCGUUUGUGUUUAUAUGGAAGAAGAACGCGUCUGGACAUGAGUGA